GGUCCCCGUGCCGCCGUGCCCCACCGGCCACCGCUGAACACCACCCCGAACCCCCACGGGACCGCGCGACCGGCGAGCACGGCAUCGCGGGGCGGGCGCGGGCGCGGCCACGAGGCCAGGCGAUAUAGUCCUGCCCCGGCCCCUGCCCCUGCGAGCGCGCCUGUCACGCACCCAUUGCGCGCACGCAGGGCGGGGUUUUUAGCUGGCGGCGGGCGGAGCGGGAUCGGAGACGACGGGAUCGCCGGCCAUGGAGUCAGCAACGGCGGCCGUCCGCGGCGCCGGCGCGUCGCUCGCGCGGGCCCGGGCCGCGUUCGUCUGCGGGGGCGGCGCGCGGGUGCCGCGGCGCGUGGUGGGGGCUGUUGGCCUCGCGGCGCGCGGACGCCGGCGGAGGGCGCUCGUCGCCGUGGCCUCGCUCCACGAGCCGCUCCCGUCGCGCGCGCAGGAGGGUCACGUACCGGCGGCGCCGCAGGCUGAUGAGGAGGAGGUCCAUGGGAUUGGCUCUGCUGCGCCUGAAACCUCGUCUCCACCAGUUGUUUCAGGUAAGACAGUGCGUGUCAGAUUCGUGCUGGAGGAGCAGUGCGCGCUGGACCAGAGCGUCUACCUCGUCGGCGACGACCCGGCGCUCGGCCUCUGGGAUCCGGCGAACGCGAUGCCUCUGGAGUUGGCGGAAAGCCACGGCUGGAUCUUAGAGAAAGAUUUACCUGCCAACAAGCUGAUUGAGUUCAAGUUCUUGCUGCGAGACUCCUCGGGAAAGUUGAACUGGCAGAAUGGGCCUAAUAGGAUCUUUCAGACAGGUGAAACUGUGAACACUUUGGUCGUCUAUGAAGAUUGGGGUGAUGUGAAGAAUCAGAAAAUAGCAGAAGAGGAGGGAGUAGCAUCUGUUGGGAUCGAGGAAGUGGUUGUUACAGAUGACAGUGAAAGCAGAAAUGAAUCUGUUCAAGCGGUUGUUUUAGAAGAUGAGCUCCAAAUGGAUGAUAAUCAGGUCGUAAACGAAGUCAAAGAAGACGAAUACUUUGUUGCUGAGGAGGACGAGGAGUUAGCCGUUCCCACAAAUGAAUCUGCUCAAGUGGAUUCGCUGAAGAUAAAUGAAGCUAACCCACAAGAGCCAAUGAUGCAGAAAGAACCGGAAACUAUAGACGAACUUCAUGAGAUGGUAGACACGGAGAACGGCAGCGCUUUGUGUGCUGAUGACAACUCUGCUACAAAGACUGAAGAAGAUGAUAUCUUGUCUGAGGAUGGUGUUCCAGUUGAGAAUGGAUUGACCAGUACUUAUGAACAUGAUUUGCCUUGGGGUUGGAGGGCCGUGCAGGAGUUGCUGAUGAACCUGGGCAUCAAAAUGGAUACUCCAUGAAAGAAACAUAAGCCACUGCUACAUAUCUAUGUGCGUCUGUUGCAGUAUGGAUGCAACGGUGCUGCUUUCAAGGAUCCUCUGUUUUCACCCCCAGAUGCUGGCGACUGCCUUUUCUGGACUGUAGUGGAGCACUCUAGCGGCUGCCAGUAUUGUGUGUAUAUUCCUUUUUUCCAGGAACCCUGUUGCUUAGCUGAUGUUGAAACCGGCUACCAAUAACCGACCAUCAGUUUUUUUUUUCCUUUCAUUGGUGGUUGAAACUUAUCCUGUUUCAUCUCUCUUGAAGAUGUUGUGGUCUGCAGAUUCUAUCUGCGCGUUGCAUAUACCUGUGGUGAGAGGUAUGUCUUUUGAGAAAAGUUUACAAGACUCGUUCUAUGGGAAGUGUGUGCCAUUUCUCC